AUGGGUGCUUGCGCUAGUCUGCCAAAGGGAAUGAGGGACGAAGCCUCGGCUGCCCCACCUCCUGAACCACCAGUCGAGGAGGAGUCCGUUCAGGCUGAUCAGCACAACACUGAGGAGGUGAUCAAGGUUGAAAAAGAGGAAAACGAGGCUAAUGAAGUUGAUGAUCAACCUGAAAAAACUGAGGGAAACAAGGAAUCAAAUGAGGCCCAGCAGCCCCAAGCAGAAGCUCCAGCAGAACCAAAGAAAGAAGAACCCAAAAAAGAAGAACCGAAGAAAGAAGAACAAAAGGAAGAACCCAAAGAAGAACCAAAACCAGACCAGGCACCAGCUGUCCCGAAGGAGUCCAAGGAAGAGAAGGAAAAGAAGACAGAAACAAAGUAA